AUGGCAAUCGACUGGGAAAAAUGUUCUAGAAAGAAAUUCAGCAUGUUCGUGACAUCGUAUAAUGCUAAACUGUCGGAGCGCUUUGCUAACAUGACGGUGAUUCUUUAUUCGACAGCUGUAAUUCUCUAUAGCACUCACAUCCUUAGGAAACACGUGGAUGAUGGCAAUGCUUCCAAUAUUUCUACACGAUUACUCGUUUUAGAGAUGGAUUUGCCAUUUGACACUAAUAAAAGAUUCGUGUAUGAAUCGAUAUUGCAUAUAGGAGGUCAAAUCGAUAUUCUUCGUCAAAACUUGAUGGCAAUUUUUUCGAAAAAAGAGAAGGACAAUUUGAGUCAUUUUAUGAUAAAGAAAAUAAUCAAGAAACAUCAGAAUAUUAUCACCUUUUCACAGCACAUCGAAGAUUUGUAUUCGUACAUUGCGAUGGUACUCUUCGUAUCGGAUACUCUAAUUAUUUGCUGUUUGGGUUUUACAAUUGUCGCAUCAAUCGGUGGAUCCGAUGUUUUGAAAAAUAUAACUAGGACCCUCUUAUUUUAUCUCGUUAUGAAUAUGGAGGCGUUUAUAUUUUGUUUUGGUGGAGAAUAUUUGAGCGCUAAGAGUAAAAGCAUCGGAGAUGCUGCCUACGCUUCCCAUUGGUACGAAUCAGGUCCUAGAAAUAGUCGAAUUAUAUUGUUUUUGAUAAUGAGAUCGCAAAUACAAUUAACGAUUACAAUUGGAAAGAUAAUGAAUUUGUCCUUGGAACGAUUUACUAGUUUAAAGUAUAAAAGCGCAAAGUAUAAAAAAUUCACGUAUGUGGCAGCUGAGUACAGAUUAAUAUAUUCAGUACAGUUGUAGUCUCUUACGCAAGUAUAAACAUAUCUAUUAUAAAAGCUUCAAUUUCUUAUAUAUCCGUCCUACUUGCAAUUUAAUGAAGUGGUUUUACAUUUUAUUUAUAUUACAUUUUUAAUGAAUGUUAACAGUGUUGUCAGCGUAUUACUAUUCAUUUAUUAAAAAAU